AUGGGAUCCUCAGCGUCCACAAUAUCUCACGAUGUGAACUCAGUCAGAGAUGGGGUUUCAUCUCGCUCUCAAGACGAAUGUUACUAUCCAAGAAACUCAAAAGACGCCGUCGACGUGUUCAACACGCUGCGUCAAGUUCUUCCAUCUGAACUUGUUCUGGAGAUAUUUGAAUAUGCACAAUACUGGCUGCGAUCCGCAGACUAUCGAGAAGACAGAAUAAGCUAUGGAAACGACAGCUAUCGCGAUCGGACUCCCUAUGUGAGAUCUGCACCCAUUCAAGGGGGGCGAUUGGAAGAGAUCAGAAUCGAUAUUUGGAGCCACGAUCAGGGAUGGAGUAGUUUCCCAGAGGACAGUGGAACUUACAGAAACUCCUGGACGUGGUUUGAGCUUGGGAUCGAAAGGCCAGAGGGAAGAGAGGAAAUCCCAGAAGACGAGAGUUUUCGCCUAGCGACCAACGUGCAUGCGCAAAGGCAAACAAAACAUCAUCAGGUCGUUUUUAAGCGUGACCAAAACGUGCCCUGGUUUGAGGCCCUCCAGGCUGGCGAUGUCAUUUCAAUUAUUCCGCUAGCGCGCUACCCCGGUUGGACAAACACUGUGGAUAAAGCCUCAAUUCGGAUUUACACUGCCUCUAUUGUGUGA